CAAGUUACGAGGGUUGGCCAUGCUAGGAUGGGUCACUGCUUUGAUGUCCACUGGCCUCGUUAUCACUAUAAUGCUUAUUGGAUGCCACAAUUUACCAACGGCAGGCGUGACUGUUGGUUACCAGGGAACUGAAUUAGAAAGCGUCAGUUUAGACGCACCGUGUAAUUCAGACUGUUUCUGUGAUCCUGAAGCCGCCUUCAUUCCACACUGUGGAUCGGAUGGUAUCACCUAUUUCUCUCCUUGCCAUGCUGGAUGUACGGGUGCAACCGAAAACGAGACCUACACAGGGUGUUCUUGUCUGGAGUUACCAUUGUCAUCAGAGUCAUCGACCACGCCCCCAUCGCUAACGCCUGGCCACUGUGAGUCCGAUUGCUCAAGUUUCGUCAUCUUUGUCUUCGUGGCAGCCGUCUGGGUGUUCAUUACGGGACUCAUCGGCUCUCCUAGAAACAUCAUCAUAAUAAGUUCCGUCGAUCCAGAAGACAAAACUUUUGCUCUUGGUCUGAGCCGUGUCCUCGCCCUGACCUUAGGGUCACUACCAUUCCCGGUGCUGUUCGGAACCUGCAUCGAUUCCUCGUGUCUGGUAUGGCACACCCUUUGCGGGGAGCGAGGAUUCUGUGAAGUGUACGAUAUCGAAAGAUUCCGUCUGAUUCUGUUCGGGUUGUCCAGUGCGAUUAUUGUACUGCAGGCAAUAGUGUUCUUCAUGUUGUGGCUGGUAGCCCGACGAAGGCAACCUGGACCUAGAUACGCUGAGGUGACCUACUGAAACAGGGAACCAGGGGAAACUCAAGACACUUGACCAUAGAUCUUUCACAUGCUAUAUGUAUUAUGUUAACUGCACGCCGAGUUAGCCAUACCAUAAAGUUAUCAAGACCAGGGCCAACUUUCAUAAAGCUGGUUAGCUGGAAAUACUGCUUAGCAAGUUUCUUUGCUGAGCAAAACAAUAGGAGACUUUUGAGACGCUUGGUGGCAGCAGACUUACCAGGUAAAAUCCAUUGUUCUCGGUAAUGUGCGCAGGCUCAGAUCUACGUAAACAAUUGGAAAUUUACCUGGUAAGUCUGCUGCCACCUAGCGUUUCAAAGUCUCCCAUUAGUUGGGAGCCAGUUACGUUUUAUGGAUGUUAUGGCUGGUAACACGUUUCUGUUAAACAAGAUUUUAUUGGCUUAUCAAGUUGUUAUUGUUACAAGCUUAAAAAUUGGCCUCGACAGGCACUUUAUUUUGCUGCCAUAGUGCGCGCAAACAUGUAUUUGCGAAGUAGUAUACAGAGUCUAUAUUGGGGUUGAUGGUGGCGAAGUGACGCAUCGCAUUUCUCUAUAUGGCGUUUGCUAACCGAAAUUUUCUAAAUAUACGCUGCGUGAAUAUGAUUAGAAUACAUCAUAGGAAAGGGUAAUUGGAAUAAUAUGGCAAAAAUGGUGAACAGACAAAAACAUCAAAUAAAAUGCGAACAACAAACAAUCAUUCCAAGUAAACCAUCCGCUCCUUUAACGCUCAUUCUGGGCGCGAAGGCAAAGUCACACAGGCUGUUUUUUUAUAUGAUUGAGUAAUUGAAACGAAAAACACUUCGGCAACACAAUAUUAAAGAGACACUACCUGAAACUUACUAUGGCAAUGUAAAGAAACUGAAACGUGAAUGAAUUUUCUUUGAGAUUGUCUGGAGCUGGUUGCCUUUAAAUUGCCUUCUGUGACAUGACUUUAAGAAACCAUUAAGACGGUCAAGAUGUCACAACGGGUAGACGAUCCUAUAGGAAAGAACUAAAGACUUCAAUCAUUAAGGCUCUACCUGUGGAGUUGACCUUCGUAGCAUUUGUGCAAAGUAAAGUGAAUGUCCGCCACAGCAAAGCACGACCUAAAGUUUUGUAUACAACAAUCGGCCUUUUUAGAGUCGGUUUUGAAAGGGAUUUUUUUUGUAUUUGUUAACCGAAAAAUAGGGUACUUUUAAACAAGUUUCUGUAUAUGGCCGUCAUAUUUAAAUGGUGGUCGAUGUACGUUGUAUAUAAAAGUUAGACAAUAGAAUUAGCCGUUGAAAAAAUGCUUUCCGACAAAAUGGACAUAUAGAAACAUAAUUACUGUAUAACCAAAUAAAUAAAACAUAAAAAGGGUUUUCAAUGGCCUGACGUUUCGACCAUAUAUAGCAAAGUACUUCUUUAUAAAACGCUCUUUAACUGACGGUACGACUUUUUAAAGGCACCGGACACCAUUGGUAAUUACUCAAAAUAAGUAUUGCAUAUUAAUCAAACUUGUAUCGAGCAAUGGAGAUCGCUGUUGAGAGCAAACUAUGUGAGAAACACUCCACUAGUCUGAAGUAUAACGUAGGUUUGUAGAAAGGGUUAGUUUUCUAUACUCAAAUUUAAAAGGAUUCAGGCCUGAAGUAUCUGAAUAACGUUAACCAUCUGAAAGCCAACAAACUUGUGCAACAAGUGUGUUUUUCUUGGCACUUUUCUCUUGCAACUUCGAUGGCCAACAUUGAGUCCAAAU